CUGUGUGUGUACAAAGGUUGGCACUUGGCAGACAGUCCUUGUUAACAGGCAGGAACACGUGUAACAGCGGUGGGCGGAGCGGAAAACUAUAAACACCAACUACGGCUCACUUCUACUAGCUAUGAUUUAGCUGCUAUAGCCGCUAGUACCACACAUGGUACCUAGCUAGGAUCUGAAAAAAAUGUGUUUUUUUUGCACAAAAUAACUGAUGCGCAAAAUGCGAUGCUAUCCACACGCUUAUCUCCUGUGCACGGUAUUUACAUUCUUCUCCUUGCUGUAUGUGUACAGUCAGCUUGCCUCCACCUUGGAGGACAGGGACGAGCGGUCUGGAGGAGGCAGGAUAUCCGGCAGCAGCAGUCAUGACGCCGGGCACACUCUCAGGAAAAGACCAGGAGUGUUAGGCCUCCGGGACCGAGAGUGGGGACAGAACAGGUGUAAAUCACUGUCAGUCUCUUACUGGAAUCCAUAUUGGAGACUACCUGCUGAUGAUGUUUGUGGAGUGAACUGCUUAUUGGAAUCACCUCUUGGUGAGAAGUUGAGCUCUGCUACAAAAGAACCUAAAAAUGACAGAAGUCACCUAGCCGUGGUGGCCUGCGGUGCCAGGCUGGAGGAAACUCUCACCAUGCUGAAGUCUGCCGUCCUCUUCAGCAGAAAGCCUGUGCACAUCCACAUCUUCGCCGAAGAUGAUCUGCAUUACGGCUUUAGAAAUGCUAUGGAAAUGUGGCCUGUGGCAAUCCGGACAAGGUUUACAUUCAACAUCUAUCCAAUCAUGUUUCCUGAGGAGGAUGCAAGCGAGUGGAAAAAGCUUUUCAAACCUUGUGCCUCUCAGAGGCUGUUUCUGCCGCUAAUCUUAAAGCAGGUGGAUUCUUUGCUUUAUGUAGACACAGAUAUUCUUUUUCUGCGUCCAGUGGAAGACAUCUGGGGCCUACUUUCUCAGUUUAACGUGAGCCAAUUGGCUGCCAUGGCACUGGAGCACGAGGAGCCUCGUAUUGGCUGGUACAACCGUUUCGCUCGUCACCCUUACUACGGCAAGAUGGGCGUCAACUCAGGGGUCAUGCUCAUGAACAUGACUCGCAUCAGGGAAAAAUUCUUCAAGAAUGACAUGACAGCUGUAACGCUCCAGUGGGGGGAAAUUCUGAAGCCUCUUCUUCAAAAGUAUAAACUCAAUAUCACCUGGGGGGACCAGGAUCUUCUUAACAUCAUAUUUCAUCACAACCCUGAAAGCCUGUACGUGUUUCCCUGCCAGUGGAACUACCGUCCCGACCACUGUAUCUAUGGCAGCAACUGUCAACAAGCUGAAGAAGAAGGUGUCUUUAUUCUCCAUGGUAACAGAGGAGUUUAUCACAACGACAAGCAGCCUGCUUUCAGAGCCGUCUACGAGGCAAUCAAACAGUACUCCUUUGGCGAGGACAUGGAGAGCUCCCUGCUUCAGCCACUGGAAGCGGCGUUGCAGGCAACUACGCAUUCCUACUGCGGCCGAUCCAGCCACUUGUUUACCAAAAGGUUAAGAGAGAGCAUCAGGCUUGUUUAACCAGAAGACAUGGCUAGGAUCGCAAGCUAAUAUCAUUCCAGUGCCUGAUGCUUGUUGACUGAUGUUCCUCCUGUGGAGAUGACCUACUGGAUGAUGUAGUUAAGACCAAACGGUAAUUUGUUUACAUUGUGUAUGCUGAGAUUGUACGUUGAGAUUAUGUGAAUGGGAAAAUAAUGAUCAGAAUGUGUUUUAUUUUUACACAUAGAUAGUUUUGGUACAUAUCUGUCUGAUGUAGACACCAUAAGGACACAGAUACUUUCUCACUUUUCCUGGAAAAUACACUGUCUUCACUUUGCCCGGCAGAGAUUACUGACAUGAUGCUGAUAAGGACAACAAUCUCUGUUUUUAAUGACAAUCACAAUUUUUUUUUGCUUUUAUAUUCAGAGAGAGCUUGAAAAGAAGUAAAGACAUUUAUUUGCUUUGAGUUUCAUGAGAAAACAAAAUUUUGACCUAAAGAAAGUUUAUUUAGUAUUUUAGAUUCUUAAUAUAAUUCUGCACAAGUAUUUCCUUUCUUGGUUUUGGUUAAAGACUUAAAGGUUCUCUUGAUUAAACAUUUCAUAUUAAUCGGAUCAGUAUUUAUUGGACAUCUAUGAUGUUAACUUGGAAGUAUUUGUGGGUAUUAUUUCAAACACGCCGCUCUUCUUCAUUUAUUGCAUAUUUUAUUGGACAUGUCUUGUUUGUGUUUAUUGCUGCCCAAACAAAAUCCGUUUGUGUAACUGAUGUAACUUCAAAGGGACUGUGCUCUGACAUCAAACCACCAAACAUCAUGAGGAAUUUAAUGACGUACUUGAUUAUGUUUGCUUUAAAACUGGAAAAUAAUAUUGAAUGUUUAGGAAACAUUUUAAAAUAAAUCGAAAAAAAUAUU